UCGAUCGGCUGACGUGCUGAAUGAAGAAGACAAAGGCAAAUGAAGAACUACUAUAGCUAUCGAGGCAGAGGCAGUCGUCGUCAACGCUUCUUUGAUCAUGAUAGAGAAAUCCAUGAGGGCUGUUGAGAAGAUGAGCAAUAAUUCACCGCCCAAGGAAUCCUUGUGGUGCAUGCUCUCCUCUCCGUUCACAAAUGGACACGCCUACUGGCAGCUCGUUGCCUGGGUCUGGGUUGGAGGUGGGGUCGAGGUCGGGAUCGGGAAGUGCACGUGAGACCGGCGGAAUCGAAAGUGGCAAGCUAGCAGAAGUAUUCCGGCCGUCGGAUCCGGUAGAGGAUCCAGAGACGUGUCCGGAUGUAGGGGGACAGGAGAAGGAGGAGCUCACGAUUGACAAAGUCCUUGUGCUACAUGUUGGAGAGUUCGGGUUUGGGCAAUUUUGGAAUUUUGCCCUUGCUGCCAUGUCAUGGGUGAUUGUUUCCUUAAUGACCCUGGUGAUGAUGUUUACAGAGAAGGAUGGGCAAUGGACAUGUGUGACACUGACUGCACCUCCCUUGGCUCGUCCGCCGCCUCCUCCUAUCGUUGCUCUUUCUCCUGCUGUAGCCCUUCUUCGCCCCCCUCUUCUUCCUCCCUUUCCACCGCCCCCUAAUCUCAUGCAGAAUCUGUCCAACUCUUCCUCCCAGAUGCUCAUCCCUAAUGAGAACUGCACCUGGGGCAAUUUCUCCGGGCCCAACGGAACCAUCUGCAGCCGGCUUGACUCUCAGAAUCAGGUCCAGGGGCGACCAAUUGAGCAAACGACACCACGGCCAAGGUUCUAUGAGGAAUGUACCUCCUCGUCAUCUAUUUGCAGUCUGAAUGGCAGCCAGUGGGAGUGGGUGGAUGACGGAAAACACUCGAUCGUUUCGGAGUUUGACCUAAUCUGCAGUGACGAGUACAAAUCAGGAAUCUCAGGGUCCCUGUUCUUUGUCGGCCGCUUGCUGGGUGGAGGAUUCUUCGGCUCACUCGCAGAUGGAAUGUUAGGGCGGAGGGGCACUCUGAUAACAGCGACCGCGGUGGCAGGCACAUUUAGCCUGCUGUCAUCCUUUUCCCCUGCCUUUGCCAUGUACGCUGUUUUUCGACUAAUGGCAGGUUUCGGGUGCGGCGGAAUCGGGUCAAACGCAUUCGUAUUGGCCACAGAGCCGAUCGGCCCAUCACACAGAAGCACGCUUGGCAUGUCGACCAUGUACUUCUAUUCCUUGGGAGUUAUGAUUCUUGCAUUGCUGGGAUUUCUCUUUCGCAGCUGGAGGCAUGUCAUGAUUGCUGUCAGCAUUCCGUCUCUCGUGUACUCUAUCGUCUGCCGUCACUUCCUUAUCGAGUCCCCCCGGUGGCUCCUUGUCUGGGAACGAGGAGACGAAGCACUUAACAUAUUGAAGAAAAUGGCUCAAAGGAAUGGGAAAUCCAUUCCACCAUCCGUAACACUAACUUUGACUGCCAAAUGCAAACCUGGAGAGGUACAAUCUGACCCACUUUCUGAGUUAAAUGCAUCACCUCCACAGCCAGGUCAACCACCCACAACUGGUCCCAUGCUGGGAAGUGGCCACCUGCAUGAUCUGCAGCCCCAGAGGCCAGACUCUGCAGCCUCCAUGCCACGUGAGGCGCGAGGAUUCAAAUUAGACUUUGAGAGUCCAGUUGUGUCCAAGCCUGCACCUCCAGCUGGCACUGGAGGCAGUGACAUCAAAGACCAACCUACCGGUAGUAGUGAAAUUGUGGGUCCCAGUGACCCCCACCCCCCCCAGCAAAAAGGUGCCUCUGUGUCAGAUUCUCAGACGGUUCCAGGCGAUUCACAUAUUCCUGUCCAGGAAAGCGCAGGUGCAGCGAAUGGUGAGCAGCCGCUGCCCGUGAGUAGCCGUCGCAGUUCUAGACAUUCUGUGCAGGAAAUGUGGGACAAACUUACAAAACCGCCAAUGGCUCAAAACCCGGCAUUAAGGGAGGUGUACCAUCAUCACCACCGCGGAUUGAAGGACAUCAUGCUGAAUCGCCGGGCCAGACACAGGCUGGUAGCUCUGUCUAUCCUGUGGCUUACUUGUUCGUUGUUGUACUACGGCCUCGCUCUCAGCUCGGUUAAUCUAGGAAACAAUGUAUACUUGCAAACAUUUCUAAAUGGUCUCGUUGAAAUCCCAUCCUUUCUCAUAGCAACCAUGUUGGUACGUCGGCUGGGACGAAAACGUUGCGUUGUAGGUGGCAUAGUGUUAGGUGCUCUGUCCUCCUUCUUCUGUGCCCUAUCCCCCCUUAUGGUUCCUUCACACGGCAACAGUGACAACAAUUCUACAGUAUGUAGCGACAACCGAUCUUCUGAGUUGCUAUCUAAUUUGUCCGCAUCAGUCGAUUGUAGUGGGGUUGUGGACGGAAAUGUAGACGAGAAGGCAGAAAAGAUAAGGCAAACUCUGAGGGUCAUCUCUGCCAUGAUAGGUUACAUGGGUAUAGCCGCAACGUAUACAGUCACAUAUGUGUACACGUCUGAGCUCUUUCCCACUGAAAUUCGCGCUACGGCGAUGGCCUUUACCGGUCAAAUUGGUCAGAUAGGAAGCGCAUGCGCACCGUUUGUCGUGUUGCUUGCCCGUCACAACAAAAGUCUUCCUUACUUGGUGUUUGGUUCCCUGGGGAUUAUUUCAGCAUUUCUGAUUUCGCCGCUCCCGGAGACGAGGAAACAAGAUUUGCCAGAGGUGAUGGAAGAAGACAGAACAGGUUCUUCUCGCUGCCAUUGUUGGAACAGGUGAGGAGGGUGAAAGAGGUACUGGCCAACAUGUUUGGUUCCCUGGGCAUUCGUUCAGCAUUUCGGAUUUCGCCCCUCCCGGACACAAUGAAACAAGAUUUGACUC